CAGAGGUGUUGGUGAAAGUUUUGAAGGAUGUUGUCAACAACCCAUAUGGUCCUGAAUAUGAUGUUUCAGGUAUUGCAAACCCUUUUCUUCAUAUAAGACUGCUUCGCCUUUUGCGUGUUUUGGGCCAUGGAGAUGCUGAUGCUAGUGAUUUCAUGAAUGACAUUCUUGCCCAAGUUAGCUUUUAUUUUAAUAAAGCUCAUUGUGAAUUGUGAUAUAUAAUUCAAAAUUAUAAGAAUUUAUGAAAUUCCUUGUGUAGGUGGCAACAAAAGCUAAGUCAAACAAGAAUGUAGGGAAUGCAAUACUUUAUGAAUGUGUACAAACCAUUAUGAGAAUUGAAGAUAGCAGUGGUUUACGUGUUCUUGCAAUCAAUAUAUUGGGAAGAUUCUUGUCUAAUCGUGACAACAAUAUGAGAUAUGUUGCAUUGAACAUGCUGAUGAAAGCAAUUUCAGUAGAUGAUCAAGCAGUUCAGAGACAUCGUGCAACAAUCUUGGAAUGUGUAAAGGAUUCAGAUGCUUCAAUUCGUAAAAGAGCUCUUGAACUUAUAUACCUUAUGGUGAAUGAGAUGAAUGUCAAACCUUUGACCAAGGAGUUAAUUGAUUAUCUACAUGUAAGUGACCAGGACUUCAAGGGAGAUCUUACUGAAAAAAUUUGCUCCAUUGUAGAAAAGCUUUCCCCUGACAAGAUUUGGUACAUUGAUCAGAUGCUCAUGGUUCUUUCUAAGAAUUGGUUGUUUUAG